AUGUCUGCUAAAGGGGCCAAAGUCGAGCUUCCUGGCUUUGGCCAGCCGCUCACGGCGCGUAAGAACCGGGAUGACAAGUAUCCCAUUGCCAUUCUUGGAGACGGAAGCUCGUAUGAAUCCACUACUAAAGAUGGCAGAGAAGGCUAUGGUGGGCUAAAGAAACGUAGAGCAGCAGUCCUUACGCAACGCGAGUACACUCUCAUGGAGAUGAUGAAUCGCAUCACCGACAAACCUGACUGGCAGCGCAAAGUUUUCGAUGAAGCAAUAGUGGAGAAGUGGAAGGAAGAGUUCCUCGAAAACAGCGACUCUGAAAAUGAAUCGGCAAACGGCAGAAUGGAAAUUGUAGAUCCCCUGGAGAUGAACGCCAAAUCUGAGGUCAAUAGCGACGCGAUGCUGCAAGACGAAUCGAUGACCGAGGAUGAUAAGGCCUCUGAAGCUGGCACUGAAACGGAAUCUCUAGCUUCUCAAUAUGCUAAUGGACCUCCUGAAAUGACAGAGAAGAUGGUCCAAUGGGCUAUCGCAGAAUGUCGCUACAAGGCUGAAGUCUUUGAACAGACUAAUUGCAUUGAAGCCCUUGACGGGGUCUGGAAGUCUGACACCAUCGUGGGGAAGAAGCUGAAGAAGAAACUUCAGGGCGCAGUGGAGGUAUUGGAGAAUGUCCCGGAAAAAGACAAAGACUGGCAUCCGGGUUCCAAUAAUCAGGUUCUGGACCUAGUGCACCCAUCCGUCUAUCCUAUGGUCUACGGCCAAAGCAAGAUUCUAGCGGCGAAUAAAUGCGGCGUCAAUGACUGUCUGAAAUGGACUGGCAAAGGAGAAACUGUGCCUCUCAUUGAAGAAUCCGAGGAAGUGCCUAAAGAGUGGUCCAGGAAGUAUCAGUGGCUUCCUGCCGAGGUCGAGCUAAGUAACCAUUCUCAAGACGUCAGAGCUGCAAGUUAUAUCAAUAACCUGCACCCUGUCGACAAUGCCGAUCUCUACGCCAUUAUUCCCGCCAUCAUCGCCAAAGCUAUCCCACUCUGGAACCGCGUUCUUAGCCGCAUCAGCUGGUCCCAUCAAAUCCCGGAGCGCGUCUCGGACUGGAGUAAUAGCGACAUGGGCUACGAGAAAGACUGGGAGGAAAAUAUGCCCGAGGAGCCAGAGGAAGACGAAGACGAUGCCGACUUCGAAGACCGGCGCGAAGCCUACAUGGAGAAUCGUGAAGUCAUACCGCCCGAGCCGAAAGAAUUCAAACCUCCUGCUGAAAGAAUGAAAGAGCACUACGGGCACGCAGUCGAUGUGUAUGACCUAAAACCGCACGUUGAUCUCCGUAGAGGUAUUCUCUCAUGGCAAGAUGCCAGGAAGGCGGAUUCCGGGACCCACAAAGAAGCGAACAACUUACAAAUCAUCGUCAAACUCGCCAACAUCCACCUUACACCAGAGAAACCAGAGUACGAAGGCGGAACAUGGCACGUAGAAGGCAUGGCGAACGAAUCCAUCCUUAUACUACUACUCCUCCUCCAACCUAACCGAAUCGCGCCUCUCAUUCCGCCAAUCCGUCGACGACGGCAUCGACCUCCCUACCCGCAAUCCGACCACCGCGCCGUCCUCUCCAUCUACGGUAUCGAAAACGAAGGUCCCACGAUUCAACAUCUCGGCUCCGUCUGCACGCCCGAAGGCCGCCUCCUCGCCUUCCCCAACGUCAUGCAACACCGCGUGCUCCCCUUCAAGCUCGCUGACCCGACGAAACCCGGGCAUAGGAAGAUCCUUGCACUUUUCCUGGUGGAUCCGCAUAUGCGGAUUAUCGGGACGGGGGAGGUACCGCCGCAGCAGAAGGAGUGGUGGGGACGGGAUGUGGUGGAUGAGAGUGGGGUUUUGGGGGGCUUGCCGAGGGAGAUUCAGGAGGCGGUUAAGGGGUUGGAGUAUGAGUUCCCGGUUAGCUUGGAGAAGGCGAGGGAGCAGAGGGAGGAGUUGAUGGCGGAACGGAGGGUUUUUGUAGAGGAGAAUACGGAAGAUUUUGAGAGUCGGAAUACUUUUUCUCUGUGCGAGCAUUAG